AUGAUAGUAGUGAUUCUGAUUGAGAACCAAAGGAAAAACCUGAUGACUUCUUUGUUGAUGAAUCUCCUGUUAAAGGAACUAAGGUGGCUCGAGCUAAAAGUGCUCGCAAAGGAAAGCAGAAUCAAGAAACAGCCGAAGAAAGCUGAAGCAAGUAGAGCAGAGCUUGAGUUAUUACUUGCUGAUGAAAAGGGUGCAGAUACGAGCUUAAAGGGCUACAAUUUGAAACCUAAAAAGGCCAAGGGGAAGAAAGGGAAAGGACUUCCAGAUGAGGGCAAAAUACCAACUAUUAACUAUGAUGAUGCACGGUUUUCCCGCUUCUUCACUUCACCUCUCUUUGCCUUGGAUCCCACAGAUCCUCAGUUCAAAAGGAGUGCAGCUUAUGCUCGGCAGAUAGCACAGAAGCAACAGAAAGGUAACCAGGAAAGUAUAGGGGAAGAAGAUCAUACAGUGUCAACUAGGCAAGCUCAGUUAUCUGAUACCCUGGAGACUAACAGAGCUGAGCAGUUGCGGUCUAACGGGUUGCCCUCAGAAAAAGAGAAGCACGAGCUCUCUCAUUUGGUUAGGUCAAUUAAGAUGAAGUCCAAGCAGGUUCCUUUGCCCUGUAACAAUAAGGUGUCACGGAAAAAGGACAGAUCACAACUUAAUACGAAGGCAAGAAAGUGA